AUGAUGAAGAAACAAUUGACAGGUAUACGGGGUGAUUCUCCCCUACAAUCUGCAAUCCGAGCUGGAAAUUUAGAAUUGGUUCUGGAAAUCACCUCUCAGAGUCCAGAGGGAGAAUUAAAGGAGCUGCUUUCAAUGAAAAACAACUCGUGUGAAACUGCCUUAUAUGUUGCUGCUGAAAAUGGUCAUCUUGAUAUAGUGAAGGAAUUGAUUAGAUACCAUGAUAUUGGGUUGGCCGGCUUCAAAGCUCGAAAUGGAUUCGAUGCAUUCCACAUCGCUGCUAAGAGUGGACAUUUGGAGAUAUUGAAGGUCCUCAUGGAGUUCUUUCCUGAAAUUUCAAUGACUGUUGAUAUGUCAAACACUACUGCGUUGCAUACUGCUGUAGCACAAGGACAUAGUGAGGUAGUAAAUUUUCUUCUGGAAAAUGGUAGCAGCUUGGUAACUAUUGCGAAAAGCAAUGGGAAAACUGUUCUGCAUUCUGCUGCAAGAAGUGGCCACGUAGAGAUAGUCAAGACCCUUUUAAAGAAAGAACCUGAAAUUGCAGUGAGAAUUGAUAAGAAGGGCCAGACAGCACUCCAUAUGGCAGUUAAAGGACAGAAUCUUGAAUUGGUGGGCGAGCUUGUGAAACUGAACCCAUCUUUGGCUAAUAUGGUGGAUGCCAAGGGAAACACUGCACUGCAUAUAGCAACCCGGAAGGGUCGUCUACAGGUUGUUCAGAAGCUACUAGAUUGCAGAGAAAUAGACACAGAUGUUAUUAACAAAUCUGGAGAAACUCCUUUAGAUACUGCAGAGAAAAAUGGUCGCUUGGAAAUAUCCAACUUUCUGCAACACGGUGGAGCUCAAAGUGCAAAGUCCAUCAAGUCACCUACUACAAACACAGCCCUUGAGAUCAAACGAACAGUGAGUGACAUAAAAAGUGGAGUUCAUAACCAGCUGGAACACACUUUUAAAACACAAAGGCGCAUGCAAGGUAUAGCGAAGCGAAUUAACAGAAUGCACACUGAGGGACUUAACAAUGCUAUCAACUCCAACAUUGUUGUUGCUAUCCUAAUUGCGGCAGUUGCUUUUGCUGCCAUAUAUAAUGUCCCAGGCCAGUAUCCUGAGCAACAAGAUAAACUCUCUCCUUGGAUGUCUCCUGGGGAAGCAUAUAUUGCUCCCCAUAUUGGAUUCAAGAUAUUCAUAAUCUUUGAUUCUACUGCCCUCUUCAUAUCAUUGGCUGUUGUGAUAGUCCAAACAUCAGUGGUUGUAAUUGAGAGGAAAGCAAAGAGACAAAUGAUGGCAGUUAUAAAUAAGUUGAUGUGGGUAGCCUGUGUGCUAAUUUCUGUGGCGUUUAUUGCAAUGUCAUUCAUAAUUGUUGGAGAUCAUAAAGAGUUAGCAAUAGCAGCCACAGCUCUAGGGACAGUGAUUAUGGCAGCUACUUUAGGAACACUCUGUUAUUGGGUGAUUGCUCACCGCCUUGAGGCCUCAAGAUUGCGAAGUCUUAGGACAACAAUGAGCAGUAGGCAGUCAAUUUCUAUGUCAGUAAUGUCAGGAUCGGAGAAUGAGUACAAGACAGUGUACGCCAUAUAA